AUGACAACUGAAGAUAAAAUAACUAAACCUCCUCAGAAGAAAUUCUAUCGUCAAAGAGCUCAUUGUAAUCCAUUAGCUGAUAAUUUCAUGAUACAUCCUAUAAGCCCUAAUUAUAUAGACUGGAGUCUACAUUAUCCAAAUUACUUAAACAUAGAAUAUCAAAAAGUAUUAUAUUUAAAUACAAAAAAGUAUCCUAUAAAUUAUGGUAAUAAAGUUUGUGAUAAUCAAAAUACUAAAUAUAAUGUUAAAAUUCUUGAUAUAGGAUGUGGUUAUGGAGGAUUAUUAGUUUGGCUUAGUACACAGUUUCCAGAUAAGUUGUCUCUUGGACUUGAAAUUAGAGAAAAAGUAACUAAUUAUGUGGGAGAAAGAAUUUUGGCAUUACAACAAAAUGGUAGAGCUAGAAAUAUUAGUGUAAUUAAAACAAAUGCAAUGAAAUAUCUUCCAAAUUAUAUUAAGAAAUACCAAUUAGAAAAAAUUUUUAUUUGUUUUCCAGAUCCUCAUUUUAAAAAAAGAAAUUGGAGGAGAAGGAUUAUAAGUUACUCUACUAUCCCAUUAUAUUGGUAUUUGUUACAACAAGAUGGAUUAUUAUAUAUUGUAUCUGAUGUAUUAGAAUAUUUUGAGUGGACAAUUAAUGUUUUAAAAAAAUUUUCUGAUUUAUUUGAAAGGGUCCCAGAUAGAGAACUUAAGUCUGAUCCUUGUAUUGAUGCUAUUAAAACCAACACAGAAGAAGCUAAAAAGGUAGAAAGAUCUAAUUCUCCUAGUUAUGAAUGUGUAUUUAGACGUUUAUAA